UGAGGAGAGCAGCUGCGAACCUGACCAGACCGGCUGGGGACCUGGCCCUGCCUGGCAGCCAGGGGAAGGUGCACUAGCUCAGACCCACGCCGGCAGCUCUGGCCCUCCUCUGUCUCACGGAGGUGGGUGCUCGGCAGCCUUCAUGCAGGAAUCGCCAGCGCCCUGCGAGCCAGGACAGUGGUGCAGCCGCCCGGUGAAGGCCUAGAGGGAGCCAGGACCCAGACGAGCUUGGAGCUGGCUUUGGCCCCUGCGGGGCCUCGGGCUGCAGGAGCCGGGGCGGCGCAGGCAGCGCCGGGCACCUGCCCCCCGGGACUCGCCAUGCGGACAACGUGACCCCCCCCGGGCAGGGCGGCGAGUCCCGGAGCCCGGCCAUGGCCCCCGGGGCCGGCUGAGCGCCAGAGCCCCGCCGGGGAUGCGCCCGCACCGCAGCCAAGAGGGAGCGGACUCGAUGUCCGCCAGGGACCGGUGCCCGGGGCCGGAGGGAGGCGCGUCCCAGCCGCGACCCCCGGAGCAUGUUCCGCAGGUUCCCGGCGCGCACGACAGGAUGGAGCAGACAGCGGGGGGGCCGGCCUCCCCCCCCACGAGGACUCUGUGCCAGAGGCCCAGGGAGGGGGCGCUGUGGGGUGCCCUCGCCAUCCUGUCGCUGCUGAGCGGCGUGGCCACGGGAACCCCGCACACCUGGCACCGCAACACGACCCUGGGGGCUGCACCCACUGCGGGCGGCGUGGGCACCGCCAGCCCCGGAGCAGAGGACAGCCUGGAGGCACCGCUCACCGCAUCCUGGAGCCACCUCUCCGGGGACAAUGUGACGGCAGCGGGGCCCGGGGAGGGGGAGCUGGCCAAGGACCUGCUACUCCGGGCCGAGCGCUCGCCCCUGGGCCCCGCCAAAGGCAAGAAACCAGGCCGGCGCAGGGAUGGCCCCAACUGCACCGUCCGCAGGCUGAUGGUGAAGGUGCGCGACCUGGGGCUGGGCUUCGACUCGGAUGAGAUCGUGCCCUUCAAGUACUGCAGCGGGUCCUGCCACCGUAGCCGCAGCAACUACGACCUGACGCUGGCCACCCUGCUGCAGGAGAAGGCCAUCAAGCCGGGCCCGCCGGGCCACGUGGCCAGCCAUCCCUGCUGCCGGCCCACCCGCUACGAAGCCGUCUCCUUCAUGAACGUGCAAAACACCUGGCAGACGGUGGAGAAGCUCUCUGCGGCUGAGUGCAAGUGCAUUGGCUGACUGGGCUGCAGGCUCGGUGCCCACUCUAAGUUCAUGGCACUGCCCGCCUGGCGCUGCCCAGACUCGGGGCCCCCUGGCACAUGGAGAGCGGUGGGGAGAUGCGAAGGCUGCAGCGGUGCCAAACCUCCCAGAGGAGCGGCUCAGCGGGGAGAAGAGACUUCACCCUGCCCCAGGCGCUUGGAGAAGAGCCCCUUGUGCUGAGACCGGGGGAGAGUGGGACCCCCAGCGUGGGGCUGGUGGCAGUAGGGCGAGUCUCGUGGCUUGGGCUGAACACCGCCCCUCCCUCCCCAGUCACUGGCCGCCUGCCAGCUGGUGCUGCCGUUGGGGACCUAGGAGUUUGCCGAGCAUUGGCAGGUAGCCCGCCAGCCGGGCCCUGCUCGCUGCUCUGCCAUGUUCACUCAGCAGCCUCCGAGCUGCCCGCUCCAGUGCCAAACAGCCAGCCUCGCCUGCCUGGCACGGCCUGCCCAGCCCUCCCCGGAGUGCCAGCUGCAGGGCUGGCGUCCGCUCCGGUCCCAGCUCAACAACGGGCUGCCCAGGCUGGUGGCUGGUAACCUGAGCGCAUCUGUUGCGGAGUCAGAUGUGUAAGAACCAGGCAGCCCCUGUGUGCACUCUCCUGGCCCAGCUGCACCCCCUAGCAUCAGGGGCAGAGCUGCCAGGCUGGGCCCUGGGCCGCAUGGGCUCCCUGCUUGGUCCAGAGCCCUGGGGGAUGCGUGACCCUGCAGGACGCUGUCCCCCGGCUUCGGCUGGGGGAUGCGUGACCCUGCAGGACACUGUCCCCUGGCUCUGGCUGGGGGAUGCGUGACCCUGCAGGACGCUGUCCCCCAGCUCCGGCUGGCUCUAGGCGAGCCGCAGAGUGUGUGGGAGGGCUGGGGGGCAGCUGGCCCCAGGGCCCAGGCUGGGGCAGUGUGAGCAGGGGCUGGCCCUAGCCUAGAGACUGUGCUGACCUCUGAGCCCCAUAAAGGGACAGGCCCCUCGUUGUGCUUUGGGGUGCACCCUUCCUAGCUGCUUGUGGCCUGGCCCCUUUCCCUGGGAUUUAAACUCAGGACCCCCCCACUCCCAGGGGGGCAGUUUUUAGCCCCCGUGUUUCUGGGGGAAGAGUUGCCAGUGCUGUGUAAGCGAAGGGGCGGGGGGGCCUCCCAGACGCUCCUCACCUCCUCCCGCCUGCUGGGGGAAGCUGGAGCUGAGCGUCCAGCCCAGCAAAGGGGGUGCGGGGGGCUAGAAACCAGGCAGGCCGAGCUCGUCCCUUGGUGUCCCAUCCUGUCCCUCUGGAAAACAUCCCCCUCCCCCUGCUGCUGCCCCAGCCCCUUGGACAGGGCAGCUGGGGGCGGGGGGCCCGGAGCUGUCCUGGGGGCCCCAUUGGGGAGCAGGGUGGCUGAGCAGAGGAAAGUGAUGGGGGCCUGAGGGCUGCUGGUAGAGGAGCAGGUGCCAGCCUGGGGUGCAGGUGGUAGGGACCCAGCCUAGGGCAGAAGCCACAGCCAGGCACUGGCACCCACCGCUGUGGGGCUGGGCAGCCUGUGUCUGCCCCCACGGAGAGCAGCGUUGGCUGCCCAGCGCUGGUGCCCAUGCAGGGGAGUGGGGCCAGCAGGGCACCCCCGGCCAUGCUGGGCACUGACUAUUUAUUACUCUAAGUUAUUUAUUUAUUGGUCUCAAGCGGCGGCUCCUAUUUAUGACAUUGGGCCGGGGGUGGGGUGGGGGUGGGGGGUUGAUGUAAAGCUGCGGCUCUGAAGGCCUGGGCCUGUGGCCAGCAGUCCUGCCCCCCACCCCCUUUUAUAUUAUUCUGACCCGUAUUUGCAUUUGUAAAGUUGGAUAAACUCUAUUUUUGUACAGUUGUAUUUUUCUGUAGCAAUAAAGUGAUGGGCCAUG